GCGUGCGCGCUGGCGUGGAGCGCGUGCGCUGCUGGCGGGGGAGGCGGAGGGAAGAUGGCGGGCGGCCGCGGGUCGUGAGGCGGCGGCGGCGGAGUUUGCCGGAGCCAGCAGGACGAGGCGGGCAGCGAGGUGUCGGUGGGCCUCGGAGUCCCGGUACGAGAGGCUGGCUGGGCGCCCCCCCGCAGGACGCAGCCAUGGCCACGGAGAUCGGCUCCCCGCCGCGCUUCUUCCACAUGCCGCGCUUCCAGCACCAGGCGCCGCGGCAGCUCUUCUACAAGCGGCCCGACUUCGCCCAGCAGCAGGCCAUGCAGCAGCUCACCUUCGACGGCAAGCGCAUGAGGAAAGCUGUCAACAGAAAGACCAUCGACUACAAUCCUUCUGUCAUCAAAUAUUUGGAGAACAGAGUGUGGCAGCGCGACCAACGAGAUAUGCGAGCGAUCCAGCCCGAUGCAGGGUAUUACAAUGAUUUGGUGCCUCCUAUAGGAAUGCUGAACAACCCUAUGAAUGCUGUGACAACAAAAUUUGUUCGGACGUCUACUAAUAAAGUAAAAUGCCCAGUGUUUGUUGUCAGGUGGACUCCUGAGGGGAGACGCUUGGUCACUGGUGCAUCUAGUGGGGAAUUCACUUUAUGGAAUGGACUGACUUUCAAUUUUGAAACAAUAUUGCAGGCUCACGACAGCCCUGUAAGGGCUAUGACUUGGUCACACAAUGAUAUGUGGAUGCUGACAGCAGACCACGGGGGAUAUGUGAAAUACUGGCAGUCCAACAUGAACAACGUCAAGAUGUUCCAGGCACAUAAGGAGGCGAUUAGAGAGGCCAGUUUCUCACCCACGGAUAAUAAAUUUGCUACAUGCUCUGACGACGGCACUGUUAGAAUCUGGGACUUUCUACGUUGCCAUGAGGAGAGAAUUCUUCGAGGCCAUGGAGCAGAUGUGAAAUGUGUCGACUGGCAUCCAACCAAGGGGUUAGUUGUGUCAGGAAGUAAAGAUAGCCAACAGCCCAUCAAGUUCUGGGAUCCAAAGACUGGCCAGAGCCUUGCCACACUACAUGCUCACAAAAACACAGUGAUGGAGGUGAAACUGAAUCUCAAUGGCAACUGGCUGCUGACAGCUUCUCGUGACCACCUCUGCAAGCUCUUCGACAUCCGCAACCUGAAGGAAGAACUUCAGGUCUUCAGGGGGCAUAAGAAAGAGGCCACAGCUGUGGCCUGGCAUCCUGUUCAUGAAGGGCUGUUUGCCAGUGGAGGGUCUGAUGGGUCCUUGCUGUUCUGGCAUGUUGGGGUUGAGAAGGAGGUUGGUGGAAUGGAAAUGGCCCAUGAAGGAAUGAUCUGGAGUCUGGCAUGGCAUCCCCUUGGACACAUUCUGUGUUCAGGCUCGAAUGAUCACACCAGCAAGUUUUGGACUAGAAAUCGACCUGGAGAUAAAAUGCGAGAUCGUUACAACUUGAACCUGCUGCCUGGGAUGUCAGAGGAUGGUGUGGAAUAUGCUCCAGGAGAUGAUCUGGAGCCCAACAGCCUGGCAGUUAUUCCUGGGAUGGGAAUUCCUGAACAGUUGAAAAUAGCUAUGGAGCAGGAGCAGAUGGGGAAAGAUGAGUCCAAUGACAUUGAGAUGACAAUCCCAGGACUGGAUUGGGGAAUGGAGGAAGUAAUGCAAAAGGACCAAAAGAAAGUGCCACAGAAAAAAGUUCCCUAUGCAAAACCAAUACCAGCACAGUUUCAGCAGGCCUGGAUGCAAAAUAAAGUUCCUUUGCCUCCCCCACCUGAGCCACUGAAUGAUAGAAAGGAGGAUAUUAAGCUGGAGGAGAAAAAGAAAUCACAGGCAGAGAUUGAGCAGGAAAUGGCAGCACUUCAGUACACAAACCCACAACUCCUGGAGCAACUGAAGAUUGAGAGACUUGCACAAAAGCAAGCUGAGCAGGUGCAGCCCCCGCCCCCAGGAGGAUCUCUCCAUGGACCUCAGCCUUUCCCAGGGCAAGGCCCAAUGUCACAGAUGCCUCAAGGGUUUCAGCAGCCCCUUCCACCUCAGCAGAUGCCAAUGAAUAUGCCUCAGAUGGGACCUCCUGGUCCACAAGGACAGUUCAGACCUCCAGGACCCCAAGGACAAAUGGGACCUCAAGGUCCAUUACACCAAGGAGGUGGAGGUCCACAAGGGUUCAUGGGACCACAAGGACCUCCAGGCCCCCAAGGGCCUCCACAAGGAAUGCCACGGCCUCAGGAUUUACACGGACAUCAAGGAAUGCAGAGACACCCGGGCCCUCAUGGGCCAAUGGGGCCGCCAGGCCCACAGGGCAGCGCUGGCCCACAGGGACACUUGGGACCGCAGGGCCUGCCCGGCUCUCAGGCUCAUUUAGGACCACAGGGCCCGCCUGGCCCACAAGGUCACCUGGGUCCCCAGGGUCCCCCUGGAGGUCAAGGAAUGCAGGGGCCACCUGGUCCACGAGGAAUGCAAGGACCUCUUCCUCACGGCAUGCAAGGAGCUCCGGGAUCUCAAGGCAUGCAGGGCCCUAUAUCUCAAGGGCCUUUGAUGGGACUUAAUCCAAGAGGGAUGCAGGGUCCACCAGGACCCAGAGAUAACCAGGGACCUAAUCCACAAGGGAUGAUGAUGGGUCAUCCACAAGAAAUGAGAGGUCCUCAUAUGCAAAGUGGUUUGCUAGGACACGGUCCCCAGGAGAUGCGGGGCCUUCAGGGACCCCCGCCUCAAGGUUCAAUGCUGGGACCGCCGCAAGAAAUGCGUGGGCCACCCGGUCCUCAGGGCCAGCAGGGACCUCCACAAGGCUCUUUGGUGGGGCCUCAAGGAAACAUGCAAGGACCUCAGGGACAGCCAAACCCUUCGAGGGGGCCGCACCCUUCCCAGGGCCCCCUGCCCUUCCAGCAGCAGAAAACGCCUCUGUUGGGUGAUGGGCCUCGCCCCCCCUUCAAUCAGGAUGGACAGAACCCGGGUCCUCCUCCUCUGAUACCAGGCCUGGGGCAGCAAGGAGGACAAGGUCGUCUGGGCCCUCACAACCAGGGACCUGGUCUUAAUAAAGGCGAUGCCCGAGGGCCACCCAACCAUCACCUGGGCCCGCUGUCGGACAGGCGGCACGAGCAGAACAGCGGCGGCCCCGAGCACGGGCCAGAGAGGGGCCUGUUCCGAGGGGGGCAGGACUGGAGCGAUGGCAGGGACAGCAGGGGCAUGCCCGACAGGCGGGGACCUCACCCUGACUUCCACGAUGACUUCGAGCGGCCCGACGACUUCCGCGAUGAUUUCCACCCAGACAAGAGAUUUGGCCAUCGGUUACGGGAGUUCGAGGGGAGAGGAGGCCCACCACUGCAAGAGGAGAAAUGGAGGCGAGGGGGACCUGGGCCUCCCUUUCCUCCUGACCACAGGGAAUUUGAAGGAGGUGGUUCCAACCGGGGCCCUCCUGGUGCUUGGGAAGGACGGAGACCUUCAGAUGACAGAUAUCCACGGGAUCCCGAGGAUGCGCGCUUCCGAGGAAGGCGAGAUGAGAGGAGUCUAUCUGUUUCAGAUUUAUAAACUGGAAACCAAUAAGGAAAUGAAAACUAAUAUACCUGAGUGUAGAGUCCAUAAAAAUCAUUCAGUAAUAGAAGAAAACUUGAAAAAUGGUCAUUGUACACAGCAGCUUCCGUGUCUUUAAACAGUAAGUAAAGAGAAGGGGGAAAGUUUUAGAGAAGAUCCAGUGACACAGGAUGAAGAUCUGAGGCCGUUUUGAUGAAAAUUGAGAGGAGACUUAAAGGUUAAAGUGACAAACUUUUGAACACUAGAAGUGGAUUUUGAGAUUCUGUCUCCAGUCACAAACUACAGCAUGACUGUAGAGACUGUAGGAUGAGAUGCAAUGCCCUUGUGAGGAGCAGGAACAGUGAUGUGACUGCCAGAUAGAAGGGACAGACAUACAGCAUCUGUUGGACUGUCGAGACUAUUUUUUCAUAUGUUUGCUUGUAGAAAUUUUAUUUCUCUUUCUGACUUAUUUCUUAAUGCCAAGCAAAGAACUCAAAAUAAUCUGAUUUACUGCAAUGUCCUUGUCAUUGCUCACAAUCUCUGAAUAAAUCACCAAGGGAUAAAUUUGCAUUUAGUUACCAAUGUAAAUAUGGAGGAAUUAAUGCUGUCUCUGAAAUGAAUUAUCAGCAAAAUUGCUCCAGAUUUAUGUUAGUUUAAUUAAAUGAAAUUUGGCCUCCAAGGUCUAAGCCUCUCACUGACCACCAACUCUCUAUGUAUCAGAACAUGUGCUUGUUACAAAUAUGCUGUGGUCUCCACAUAAUGUGAAUUUUGUGUGUUUUAGUUGCCUUUUUAAUCAUUUUCUUACAUUCCUUUUACUUUGCAUCUAUACAGCUCUUCUUUUAGCUAUUUUCUACCUAGCUCUGUAAGAUGUAACUUCCUUUUGUGUGAAGAGUAUGAAAAGAAAUGAACAGUAACUUAAAGAAGGUAACAAUUAAAGCCAUUUUUAAAAAGUAAAGCCAGAGAAAAUCUAGUUGGAUGGUCCAGUGGUCCAAUGGUCUGCAUCACAGAACUCUAAAAGACACAGCAGACAAGAAUUUUAGAAGCUCAGUAGAGAUUUUUCAGAUCUUAUAUUGAAAAUGUUUAGGGGCUGGCAAAUAUUUUAUUACGGUCCUGAUUUUUAAAAAGCUUCAGGAAGGGAAACAAGAACCUUGUGACCUGCAAAUCUGACUUUUGAACUAUAAGAGUAUUCUGUUUACCAGAGUACAAGUGUUUGCCCAGAGAGUUUGAAGUGAAAUGGCACAAGGCUCUAAAAGGCUCACUGUGCUGGUAAAUUUGAUAAUUUUCUUGGAAUGAAGGUGAACUAGGUGCCAUUUACUGCAGAUGCUGUGGUGGACUUAAUCCCAACCACUCGUUUAGCUGACUUGGUUUGAAAUUGAGAUUGUAACUGGUUUGAUCAAGCAUGAGAGGCAAAUGUGUGUAUGUGUGUUUCUCUCUAAUUUCCCAUCCUUUUCAUCCCUGUCCUGUUCUUACUCUGUAUCAACAUGAUGCUUCUACUGCAGAGACCUGCCUCUUCCUGCCUGCUAACCUGCACAGUGUGUAGUUGUGUACAGUAAGGUCCUAGGCCUCGGGGAAGAAGAUGUGAGAGCAGUCAAACAGAACUGAACCCGAAGCAAGGCAGGGCUUUAUGUGUGACUGAUAUGGAAAGGCAAAUAAGGAUAUCCAUAACACAAUAUUAGGAGCUGUGGCUGUGUCAGGCAUAGGUACCGUAGAUUUCAAAAGUCAACUGUGUCCAUGAGUUGCCUGAAAUAGGAAGGGCCCUGUUCCUGCAGCCCUGGGGCCUCGUGUUGAAAAUCUUGGUAAUUUCCAAGCUAAGUUGAAUCACACCAUAUCAGUAUUAAAGCAGGAGGCCCUCUAAGAAACCUCUAGAGGACUGUGCUCUUUCAAGGCUAAACAAUAUUGCUCUGUGAUUAUUUGAACCAUUUGUACCUGAAACUGUUGAGGCUGUUUUCCCAAACCAUCCAGGUUAAUGUAAAUGGUUCAUGGUCCAUCCAAAGCACUCCUCCAUCCACUGUUGUACCUGUACAGGCACAGCAGCCUCCUCUCUGUAUUGUGUUUGUUUUCUGGGAGGUGGAGACAGACCUAUUGUUUUUUAUUAAAAACAAUGUAAAAGUUUAAAAAAUAUUGUAUUGUGUUAUGACUACUGUUAAAAUAUUUAAAUUUGUAAUUAAAAGGUUAAUGUUGUUAAAAUUCUAAAUAAAAGUAUCUAAAGUUUUGCUUGUAAUAGGAUGCACUGUGUCGUUAAUGAGCUGGGGAAGGGGACGCUGCACACAGCCAACACCACGGGAACACUGCUGUGCUUCCAGUGCAGCCAGAGUGCAACUGGGAGCACUGGGGAGGUGGGAGGCUUCUGUCACUGGGCAAGAGAGCUCCACAGCGUGUGCUGUCACCGAGGGUGGGCAGAGUAGCGUGGGGUGGCACGGUGGGGACACCAGUGUGCCUGCACCACCUGAGCACCUCAGCCGGGCUGUGACAGACAGGCGUCCUCGCAGGGCAGGGCUGAGCUUUGCAAAGCCUCCAGGUGUUUGAACUGCUGGUGUCAGGAGCAGAGCUGCUAGUUAUUCACACAGCCAGCUGCAGGCUUACCUGGCAUGGCACUGACAGCUCAGGAAGAGCCAUUCUCCUCUCUGAAGAGCUGGACAAGGCCCCCAGCGUGGUGCUGGAGGAGCUGUACUCAGCUAAGAUGCUGUGCAGAACCCAGUUGUAACAAAUUCCUGCAGAUGCCCUUGGUACUUACUAGACAGCAGUUAUCAACUUCAGGCUCAUAAUUACAUUUUGCAACACAAAAUUCAUUACUGCAGUUGGAUAAACUGCUCUUCAGGUUGCAGAAUGCCACUGUGCACUGUUCAGCCAUCACUGUGCCUACAGAUCCAAGGGUAGUCUAGAUGCAUUUGCUAAAACUGUAAACUUUGAAGAAUGGAAUGAAAAGGAGAAUUGUCUGGCAAAAGAAUCAUAGAACUAAUAGGAAUGAGAUCCUGUAAUAUUUUGUUAUAGCCAUGAGUCUCAUUGCUUCUAUGUUUUCAGUUUGUUUUAUGAUGGAAAUGGAAAGGAAAAAAGGGGAAUGUAAGAGCAUCAGAGUUAAGGGGAACUCACACUUUGCCUUGCCUUACCUCACCUUGUAUCUAUCAUCACUCAUUGAUUGUUUUUCCCACCUUUUCAUUAAAUGAAUGCAAUGUGUUUAAUAAUAUUUUUCUUGUAUGAAAAGCCAACAUAAUCAGUGGAAGGAAAUAUGAGAGGAAGAUUACAAAGCUUACUAUCAAAGUGCUCAAAGGCAGAAAUGGGCACUUUCCCACCUACAAAUCCUGUUCUAGUACCUGUAUGUGCUGUAGCAUUAAGUGAAACAGUUUAGGAAUGAGUUGAUAAUUAAACUGAAGCUGCCUCAGUGAUGCCUAAAAGCCACAUUUGUAUCCUGUUCUUUGUUGUAGCUUCCGAAGAGGAGGACCCUCGAGACACGAGGGCCGGGGGCCCAGGGGCAGAGAUGGUUUUCCUGGCCCUGAAGAUUUUGGGCCAGAUGAUGCUUUUGACUCUCCAGAGGAGAACUCCAGAGGAAGGGACCAUGGUGCUCGG